AUGGAAAAACUGUUCAACUGCGAAGUUUUAGACCGACCCGCGCACUGCAAAGGGGGGAAGGCAGAAGAAGACGGUUGGGCCGCUCCCGACGCAGUAGAUGGCCAAAGCCUGGCGCUCCACAACUUCCUGGACUACACCCAACUGUACAGAAAAUACAAAGAGAAAAAUGCAGCCAAGUGGGUUAACAAGUUGCCUGUGUCUCCAUACAGAUUCCCCCCCAAUUUAAAAAACGCCAAUUUUGAUGAAAUAAAAACGGAGCACAUAUAUGACGAAAUAAAUGCGCACUUUGCGGGGGGGAAACCUGGCCAAUCAGCGGCAGACGCAACGGUAGACGCAACGGUAAAUAACCAAAACUGGUACGAAGGGGAUUUAAAAAUUUGGAUUCCUCAAAAUGAACAAGAGAGACGAAAGCAAGGGAAGGAAAAAAAAAGUCUGCGAAAAAAAAUAUACGACGGGGAAGUCAUGUUCUAUGAAGAUUACGUGGAACAACAAGUAGCGAAGGACUACGAGAGAUUUUUUAAAAAACCCUACCAAGUGAAAAAAAAAGAUGAAGGAGGUAAGUACUAUUUUUAUGGGAAAAAAUUAGACAUGAGCGAGCAUGAAGAUAUAUACAGAAAGUACUACAACUUGGAUGAUGAAUUUUUUAUCAAACGGAUGCAACUGAGGGAAGAGAUAAAUAAAAAGAAAGAAAAAAAUGUGAAAGAAGAAAAAAAAGAGGAAGAAGAAAAGAAAAAAUUCCAAAAGGAAUAUGCAAAAUUAAGUUUUAAAGAUCAAAACUUUAUAGUAAAAAUAAAAGAAGAAAAUAAUUUGGAAAGUUAUCUAAGUACUUACAAAUUUUACAAAAAAAAUAAAAACAUCUUUGAAAAAGAUUUGCCAGAAGUGAAAAAAAAAGAAUUACUGUUUGGACAAAUUCCAGAUAUCAUUUUACCUGCCAACGUUCGGAAAACAAAACAUCCAAAAAAUUGCCUAGUACCCCUGAGUAGCCUACACACGUAUGCGAAUUUUAUUGAUGACCUUUUCAAGUGCCCCUACAUUUACACCGCCAUCGAUGCCGAACUGGGGAAGUACUGGAAAACGAAUGAAAACGAAGUUAUAAAUAGCAUAAAAUCGGAGAAAAUAAAAAAGGGCUACAAGAAGGACAUCUAUUCAGUGACCACGGAGCAGCUGGAAAGCUCCAGUGCCAAAUUGAAGAAUCUGCUCAACAGUGAGGAGAAGGAGGGGAAAAAGGCCGCCAAUGUUACUAUAAACUUUAAGAUACCAAAGAAGGAAAAUAAAACGAAAACGGUGUGCAACGGGAGGUACGUCGUGUAG